CAAACGUGCGCCUGGAGACUGGUCGCUCGCCCUCCUCCAAUCCAACCUCUCUCUCCGAGUCGUGAACAGCCUGCUAAUCAGACUAUCGGCGUCGCUCAGGCAGCAUGGCGGCCGCGAACUCACGCCCCGAGUCUCCCACCUCUACCCCGACGCUGUCGCACCGCGACCUCGUCCACGUCGACGCCGCGCUCGAGAUGCACACCGGCGACGGCCCUGUACCUGCGAUCAACGCGCCCCCUGCCCUGUUCGGCGCAGGCGGUCCUAUGUUGAAGCGGUUCGACCAGUCGGCCGCUUCGAGUAAGAUGCCCUCGCAAUCCGCGACGCCGCCCAUUUCGGUCGUCGGCAUCGGCAACAAAGUUGCGAAGCCGGACUAUUCAGAAGCUAAGAUCGUGGUGGCCACCGUUGGGCUACCCGCGCGGGGCAAGUCGUACCUUAGCAACAAGCUCAUGCGCUAUCUCAAAUGGCUAGAGUACGAUGUCAAGGUAUUCAAUGUCGGCCAGCUGCGUCGAUCGCGGGCCCGGCAACGAGCCAUGACGAGCGGUCAGCGAGAGGACCACACGGCAGAGUACUUCAGCCACUCGAACGAGCAGGCGACCCGGCUGCGCGACAAGCUCGCCGAGGACAGCCUGGAAAUGCUCAUCCAAUGGCUCAAGGACGGCGGGAACGUCGGCAUCCACGAUGCAACGAACAGCACGCACAAUCGAAGAGAGAAGAUGAAGCAGCGUGUCGCGCGCGAGAAGGGCUUCACCGUGAUCUUCCUCGAGUCGAUCUGCGACGACCCGGCGAUCAUCGCUGCCAACGUCGCGCUCAAGGUAUCCUCGGGUGACCCGGACUACAAGGACAUGUCGCCCGACCAGGCGAAGGCGGACUUCCUGCGGCGCAUUCGCGCGUACGAGCAGGUCUACGAGACGAUCACGGAGCCCCACCUCUCGUACCUCAAAAUCAUCAACGUCGGCAACCAGGUCGUCAUGAACCACAUCCGCGGGUACCUGCAGAGUCGCAUCGCGUUCUACCUGAUGAACUUGCACCUGAAGCCGAGGAGCAUAUUCAUGUCGCGGCAUGGGGAGAGCCAGUACAACGUGGAGGGCAAGAUCGGCGGUGACGCGCCACUGUCCGAGCGCGGGCAAGCCUACGCGAAAUCAUUGCCCGGUCUCAUCAAGGACAACAUCGGCGAUGCCCCUCUCACAGUCUGGACAUCAACCCUGCAACGUACCAUCCAAACAGCGCACUUCCUACCGUAUACCAAGCUGACAUGGAAGUCCCUCGACGAGCUGGAUGCCGGUGUGUGUGACGGCAUGACGUACGAAGAGAUCGAGCAAGCAUACCCGGAAGACUUCGCAAAUCGUGACGAAGACAAGUUCAACUACCGCUAUCGAGGUGGCGAGUCGUACCGAGACGUCGUUGUGCGUCUCGAGUCCGUCAUCAUGGAAUCAGAGCGACAAGAGAACAUCCUCAUCAUCGGGCACCAGGCCAUUCUCCGUUGCUUAUAUGCUUAUUUCCACAAUUUCCCCCAGGCCGACCUACCCUACAUCAAGAUCCCCCUGCACACCGUCAUCAAGCUUACACCAAAGGCGUACGGUUGUGACGAGGAGCGAUACACGCUCCCGAUCGACGCAGUCGACACACACCGACCGAAGCCCAAGGCGGCGGUCGCGAAGCAGCCACAGCUCGACGAGGUGCCGGGGUCGACAGCGAAACGACAGUAUUACGUGGAAGAGGAGACGGCAUGAAUCAUGAAUACAUCAAACGGAACAUUGUACAAUACCGCGCAUGGUUGCACAUGGUUCACCCUAAACUCGUGAUGGCCGGUCGAGAGAAUGGUAAUCUGUGGCCGGAUUUGUGAACAGCCUCUGGUACAGAUACCUGGCAGUGCGCCUUCAUGCAGGCAACCAGAAGGUUCUACUGAGGUUCCAUGCUGCUAUGCCUGUCCUUCAUCUUGUCCUCAUCCUCGCUCUCCAUCUUGUCCUCCUCGCGCUCCAUUUCCUCGACGUCAUCCGCAGAGAUGUCAUCCCAGUUGAAGCCCUGCGGUUGGCUAGGCAGGCUCUCCUCAUCGGCUCCACCGCGCACCUUAUCAUCUUCCUUGAUCUUCAAG